CUCCGUUACAUGUUCCCCCUUGGUCGGCGCUGAUGGCACGGUCUACAUCGGCACCCUGGAUAGCAUGAUGUACGCCUUCACGCCGGACGGGGCGGUGAAGUGGUCACGCGAUCUGGGUGGAGAGAUCUGGAUAGGCCUUGCCAUCGGACAUGACGGUCGGCUGGUGUACGUUGGAGUUUUGGCGGAGACCAACUUUAACGCCUUUGCGCUGGAUACACAGACUGGGACUCCUGCCUGGUCCUUCAAAGCAGCUGGUCCGAUCUGGGCCGCCCCAGUCCUGAGCCGGGACGGCCGGUACGUGUACUUCAGUUCGCGGGACUCCCACAUCUACACCCUGCGCGCCGACAGUGGCAGUCUUGUCAGGAAGUUUGACGUCGGAGAGGACCACGACGGGAUCGACUCUACUCCAGUCAUCAACAAGGACGGAACGCUGUUUGUAGCCACGGUUGGAGGGUCAGUGCUUGCUGUGGACAUCAGACGAGGGAAACUGAAAUGGGAGAAGGUACUGGGAGGGGAAAUGCAGUCUUCCCCAGCCCUGGACAACGAUGGGUUCCUGUACAUCGGGUCUGGUGAUGGUCAGCUGCUCAAACUGAAACAGAAAGACGGCGCCAUUGUGUGGAAGUUUCCCGCGGGCGAGGAGGUCUGGUCCAGCCCGAGGUUGGACAAACACGGCCGCGUGUACAUCGGCUCCAUCAGCGGUCCCGUCUUCUGCGUGGACCGUGAGACCGGCCGCGUGGUGUGGACGUACGAGACCAAGGGGCCAGUCGUGGCCACGCCUCGGAUCACGGCGGAACACCAGUACGUUUACGACUACGGACAAGACGCAAAGACCAAGGAUGAGCUGUAAAUGGACAACAUUCUACGUGAUGACACCCCUUUGUUCCCGUACGCCAUGUUCCAAAGCCCCUAUAUUCCAACACCCAUACUAGGGCUGUGUACCUAAAUACCUGUACCUGUACGGUACCUGUAAAAUUGUUUAGGUACAGAUCCGGACCUAAACAUCUGUGUACCUGUACCUAAACUGUCG